AUGUACAAAUUUGGUUUUGAUAAUUGUGAUAAAAUUGUUCAAUUAAGUGAAGAAGAAAUUCGUCGUAUUCCAUAUCUCUUAACAUUAAUAUCACAUAAAGAUGAUUUUUUGUCAAUUAAAAAUGAUAAAAAUGAAUAUAUAUUACAUCAUCCAAUAUGUUAUAAUUUGUUAAUUCCAAUUUUAAAUUCAAUUAACAAUGAAAAACCAUAUAGUUUAUUGAAUGAUUUAUCAAUAAAUGAAAAUAUUCUCGAUGUCCUUCAAUUAUUUGAUUAUGUUUGUUUAAAUCAACCCAUUUUUUUAAGUGAUCAAAAUAGAUUUUUUACUUAUUAUCGAGAAAAAAAUCUUUGUGAAGUUCGUAAUAAUGCUGCUCGAUUUGUUCUUUCUCUAACUAGAAAUGAACAUAAUUUAAAUGAUUUUGGAACAAUUGAAUAUAUAUUCUCAUUAAUUUCGGUGAUAUUUUCAAAUAAAAACAUCUUUAGUUCUCAAUUUCGUUAUCAUACCUACACAAUUCUUGAAGAAUAUAUUUUUCCAUUAUUUUUUAAAAAACAUCCAAUUUAUUUAUUAAAUGAUAUUAAGCAAAAUUAUAGAACUGAUUCAAAUAUUUAUUUGUGUGAUGAUAAUCAAACGGUUCCAAUUGAUUGUGAAAAUGAUUUUGUUUGGAAAGGUUACUAUGAAGAUAAGAUAAAUAAUAUAAUACAACAAUCAUAUAUUAUGAUGCUUGGAGGAACAAGAGUUAGGAAGUGUAAUAUAUCACUUAGACGGCUUUAUGCAGAUCGUAUGAAUGAAUUGCUUACAUAUAGUUAUAAUCUUUUACAGAAGAUCAAAGAAACUGAACGUUUAUUGGAGGAAUCAAUAUUGGGUGACAAUAAAUUCAAAUGA